AUGUCCCAAUCACUCAGGCCCUACUUGCAAUGCGUCCGCUCUUCCCUCACCUCGGCCCUCUGUCUCUCCAACUUCGCAUCCCAGACCUCCGAACGGCAUAAUGUCCCCGAAAUCGAAGCGCAGACCUCCCCAGAAGUGCUGCUAAAUCCUCUUACUGUCGCGCGAAACGAGAACGAGCGAGUCUUUAUUGAGCCUAGCAUCAACAGUGUCCGCAUCAGCAUCAAGAUCAAGCAGGCAGACGAAAUAGAGCACAUUUUGGUGCACAAGUUCACCCGAUUCUUGACGCAGAGAGCAGAGGCUUUCUUUAUUUUACGGCGGAAGCCGGUGAAGGGAUAUGAUAUUUCCUUCUUGAUUACGAACUUCCAUACCGAGGAAAUGUUGAAGCACAAGCUCGUAGACUUUAUUAUACAGUUUAUGGAGGAAGUGGACAAGGAAAUUUCGGAAAUGAAGCUUUUCCUCAACGCACGCGCAAGAUUUGUGGCAGAGUCUUUCUUGACACCUUUCGAUUAA